GCUCAAAUAAAUCGACGACGCGCUGAAUGCUGGGAUUCUGCGGGAACGGUUAGAUCGCAAAACGCCAUCUUUAAACCCCACAAGAGAGGCCAGAGCUACAGUUGAAUACCGGGAUGAAAAACCUUCACCAGACCGCGGAAUAUAAGUUCACAUCAUGGGGCUGGCAUGGUUGCUCCCCUGUUAAAUAACUCAAAGAGGAACUGUACGAUGGGACUUUAAGGAGAUGGUCAGAGGGCAGCGGGAGAGCAUUAAGCUGUUGUUGUCAUAGACAGACAAUAACAAUAGACGGAAAGACAACAACAACGGAGCAGCGGGCUAACUCCGCUAGCUAGCUAGCUUCUGACUGACUGAGUGAGCGCUGCGCUGUUUUCAAAUGCGAACUGAGAGCUAACUCACCUUAGCUACUUCAGCAGCAAAUCUGCGCCCAAAUUCGACUAGACGCUGGUGAAGCCUGGCAGUGGAUAUCCAGCAGCUUUCACCCGAGCUGCUCGCUACCUCUGUGCUACUUUUAGGAUUAAUUUAGUGUUUUUUUAGCAUUGCGUAGGGGCACUAGUUAGCUGAAAGCUAAGUCCUGACUUCUCCCCCUCCCCAGCGGCCCGGCCGGAGAUGCGUGGAAGAUGUCGGUUUCGGGGCUGAAGGCCGAACUGAAGUUUUUGGAGUCCAUUUUUGAUCCAAACCACGAACGCUUUAGGAUCAUUGACUGGAAACCCGACGAGCUGAGCUGUCAAUUUAAUGUGACCGGAGAAAAGCUGUUAAUAAUCCACUGUAACAUCACGGUGAGGAAACAGAUUUAUACACUGCUCUCUGUUAGCGAGCUCAAGUUAGCUCCCUGCUAGCUUGUUAGUAGGAUACCUUUUUAACUGUAUAAUCUGAUGCUAUGCGGGACAGGCAGUGCGUAGUAUCAUAAACUGAUGUCAAUGAGGGUUUAGUUGUGUUCUUAGGAUUAAUUUUUGUCUGACAGUUUGUAUUUAACAGUUACGCUUUUGACAAGGAAUCAUUGCUAAAGGCUAAUGCUGCACCCUUCACCGUCAACCCCAGUUCUACGUUGUUUACUGACUCCGUGUUAAACCCUGCGACACACAACUGUGUCAAAUGACAUAAUGGUUUGUCCUGUUUUUUUUUUCUUCUUCUUCUUCUGUGCUUUUACUGUAUUUAGGAAUCUUAUCCAUCUACGCCGCCAAUAUGGUUUGUGGACUCUGAUGACCCGAGCUUGGCGCAAGUUUUGGAGAGGUUGGAAGAUGUGAGAAAAGGAAGCACUCUGGUAUUUAUCCCGACUUUUUUUUUUUUUUUUAAUAUUUUUUAAUGUGUGUCACGGAGGAAAAACGUGACCAUGUUUGUACUUUACGUGAGAUUUUGCUGACAUUCUCUCGGCCUACCAUCUAACACUCUGCCUGCAGGACAGAUCCUCUCUUUCAUUGCAGCAAUGAACUCCACAAAAAUGAACAAGCAAACAGAUCUAACACACUGCUGAAUCAUCUGUUGAGUAUCUUGCUGUUGAAAAUAAGGUGGACUUCACCACUGACAAAAAGCCAGGUCCUAUCUUUAGAUUCAAAGGUGUUCCUAAUAUUUUGGUCCUUUUGUGUUCAUUUAAGAAAUGGACAAAAUAUAAGGAACCCUUUUCAAUAUGCAAAUUAAAAUUUACUGCCAUCAGUGGUAAAUAUAAAGCACAACAAUCGCCUGUCUAACCAUGUUAGUUAAAACUACACAUUUAAAUGCUUCCUCAAAGUAGAAGAUGUGGUUGUGUUGGACUGAAUCAGGUUGUCCAGGUGAUCCUAAUAUCAUGACUGGUUAGCGUAUUACUGUUGUAUGACUAGAUGAAAAGACUAUACUUAAUGUUACUAAAGGGAAUUGCUCUACCAGACAAGUAGUAAACAUAUCUAGUACACUGCUGAAUCAUCCGCUGAGUAUCUUGCUGUUGAUAAUAAGGUGGACUUAACCACUGACAAAAAGCCAGGUCCUACCUUUAAAUUCAAAUGUGUUCCUAAUAUUUUGCCCCCUUUGUGUCAGUUUAAGAAAUGGACAAAAUAUAAGGAACCCUUUUCAAUAUGCAAACUACAAUCCGUGGUAAAUAUAAAGCACAACAAUCGCCUGUCUAACAUGUCAGUUAAAACUACACAUUUAAAUACAAAGAUGUGGUUGUGUUGUCCUGAAUCAGGUUGUCCAGGUGAUCCUAAUAUCAUGGCUGGUUAGUGUAUUACUGUUGUAUGACUAGAUGAAAAGACUAUACUUAAUGUUACUUAAGGGAAUUGCUCUGCUAGACAAGUAGUAACCUGGCUGCCUCUCAGCAGGAGCCUCCGCUUUGGGUUGUUGCACUGUGCCAGCUUGCAAAGUUGCACCUCAUCAGGAAAAGGCUGAUUAUUUUGAGACAGAAUAUUUCGGUGUCAUUAUCGUGUUCUCAACUUCAAAUAUGUUGAACACUCAGAUCACAAAGUUUAGGGUUUUUCUCAUGAGUAUUUCAGAGUUCUGAGUCUUUUUUCAUGUAUGUUUUGCAUUAGAAAUACAAGAGUUGACUUGUUUUUGUGUGGUUAGAGAGUUUACAAAAGUAGCAUGUACUUUUUAAGUUUGCUUCAAGUGUCUUCUUGGUAUGAAAGCAUUAAAGAGACAGCUUGUAUGCUCUCUAUGAAUGUGUGUCUUUGUACUUAGGGAAUGGGAUGAAGUUGUAUUUCUAGCAAGUGAAGGCGGGCAGGUUUUCAACAUACCAAAAGGCCAUGUCAUUAGAUCAUUGGGACAGCAUUUGAGGUCAAAAUGUGUGUGACAAGCAGGUUCUUAUGCAAUCCUUCGUGUGGCGUGACAUCCUGAGCUUAGUUAGCCUACUUAUUCAUGCUGCACUGUUUGUAGGACACAAAAUAUGCUUUUUAUAGAAGUGCUGUCAGUUUUUUUGGACAGAAAGGUUUCAUUUGUAGGUGCUGUAAGUGAGUCAACAGUUUAGAUGAAGAUUAAUGAAAAUAUUGUUUAUGUUACAACUUACACAAAGGAGAACUUGUCCUCAGGUGGAAGAUAAGAUCAUUUUCUCACCCUGUUUUUGAUUUGCACCAAGUUUGCAAAGGCAGAAUUAAACUCAAUGCAUCAAGCUUGAAUAUUAUAACAACACUCAAAGAUUAUAAGGUUUUGUGUUGUUCCACUGCUGCAGCUUAACAGUCGUGCAACCACUGCCAGAUGAAUGAUGUGUUUAUAUUCUUUGCCUUUGUCUUGAAUUGCUACUCUUGCUGGUAGCAACCUAUGAUAUUAAAACAAUCAUUUUAGCAAUGUCCAUACAUGUUUUAUACAAUCUGCUCACACAUUAUUUAUAAUCAACUAUUGUCUGCGCCUGUGUUGUGUGUUUAUGUUUCUGCCACACGCCUGCCCUGUGGCAUAACUAUAAAACUCUUCUUUGUGCUUUGCCAUUCCUAGCUUUUGCAGCAGUUGAAGAAACUCAUAUGUGACCUUUGUCGACUCUACAACCUUCCCCAACACCCAGAUGUGGAGAUGCUUGACCAACCCCUGCCUGCAGGCCCUGUAGGACAGGACCGAAAGGCAAGCAGUCUAGCUUAAUCUUGUCAAAAUCAACUCAAUUUAAAGGAAUAUGCCAUGUAUUUGGAUAUAGAUGUUUAAUUAUGGACACUUAAAACCAUUUUUGCUUGGUAGUGAAAUAGCCGCCUACAUUACAGAGGGCCUUGGUGAUUUAUAUCAAGUUGUUCCCUAGGCUAAUCAAUAGGCUCUUCCUGUGGUCAUGGUCAAGAAAAGUUGGAAGAUCAGCAAGUCCAAUGAGCUCUGUCAGACCACUUAAUUCAGCCUGACUUAAGGAUUUGUGUGUGUGUGUGUGUGUGUGUGUAGCAUGGGACAGAGGAGGUCACAUCUGAAGAAGAGGAAGAGGAGGAGAUGGGGGAGGUAAGUCAUCAGCUCGAGUCUGAACAAACAGGUGUAGUAGAUGUUAAGUAGCAUCUUUGUCUUGUGGAUGUUAUGCAUGCAUUGUAAUAACAUGCUUGCAUGGACUGUGAUUUUGGAGAUGGAUCAUUUAUUGAAGAGAAAAAAGACAAGUUUUACAUGUGCUUACUUACCUUGAUCUGCUGAACAAGUUUGAUCACAUCUUUUGACUUGCCAAAGGCUUUGAUCCAUGUGCUGCAUAUUUAUUUUAGCAUGAACACCUGCAUAAUAGAUCUAUAAAAACUGUCUGAAAUAUAAAAUCUAAACUAACAGGACAUCGAGGAUCUUGACCACUAUGAAAUGAAAGAAGAGGAGCCUGUAGAUGGGAAGAAAUCUGAGGAUGAUGGCAUUGAGAAGGAGAAUCUAGCCAUCCUGGAGAAGAUCCGAAAGAAUCAGAGGCAGGACCACUUGAAUGUAAGUGUUCAUUCAGCUGAAGCACAGCAUGGGACAUAGAGGGCUUAUUCUGUAGUUGAUAGAUUUUGUCAAAAGAAGAAACAAAUUCACACACUCCGAGAAGAUGUUAGAGCGUUCAUACAUGUAUUUUGUUGGCUCUUGGUAUUAAUGGGAUGUUUAUACUUUUGACAAACUGACCUUACAAUCCAAAGUGUGACUGUUUUCCUUAUGUGUCUUCAGCUGUCUCUCUCUGUCUGUCACUCAAGGCAGCAUAGACCUGUGUAAAGACUUGUUUUCUUUUGGGGAGGGCCCUCGGCUUUCUCAUCAUCCUGUUACAUGGCUCAGCUGCAGGAUUGAGUUGACUUAUUACAUGUGUUUGGAAUAAAAACACUAUAUCCUAACAAAGGAGCCGUGAUUCAUGCUUUUCAUACACAUUCUGAAAGAUUGUGAAAGUGUUAAGGCUUGAUACAAAGCUUUAUCUUUUAUUAUUGUGCAUUUUAAGUACAGAUGAUGGGUGAAUUGAAAAACACUUUUUUCAGUGUUUUCACUUAUUUUUUGCUCUUAUUGUUACAGUUGUGUUGUGUUUUACAGGGCGCUGUGUCUGGUUCAGUGCAAGCUUCUGACCGCCUGAUGAAGGAGCUUAGAGAGAUCUACAGGUCUCAGAGUUACAAGACAGGUAUGCGCACUGAACAAAGGUCUGCUAUUUGUUCCAUAUCGGAGUGAAAAGAAUACUAGCAUGUUUACCCACAACCCUCGCAAGCAUUAGUCUGUGAAGUGAUUCUUCCAGGACUUUUGCCUUCAUUAGGUAGGAAAGCUGAAGAGAAACGGGGGGUUAAGAGCGGCAAUAGAUAUUCAGCAAAGGUUUGUGGUGAGGAGUAGAGUCAGCAAAGCCAUCCUCUCACCAUCCUCCAAUUUUUACCAAUGAAGUCCACGAAAUAUAAAAAUCCAGUCCUGUCGUUCAUAGAUCAUACAUGGAGUAAUUGUAUGCAGCCUAUAUCUAUAUAAAUCCUGCAGUUUUGAAAUAUUACUGAAAAAAGGAGGUUUAUAAGUGUGUUAAAGUGAUGUGAACUGGCAUAGUACUGACAUUUAAGGUGAUAACAUUAAGUCAUCAUGCCACAUCAACAUCUAAUGUGACAUGAUGAAUGUCAUGGAGGAAUAAAAUGAAAUAAUAUGAAAUUAAAGUGUAUCAUAAAGUUGUGUGUGUGCGUAUUUUCUAGCUUUAUUUUGUCUGAUACCAAUUACAUCUCUGAGUAAUCAUUUGAUGCUGUGAAUAUUAAGCAUUUCAGAAUAAAAACACAAUCAACAAAAUCUAACCCUAAAUCUGUGCUGCUUAUUGGUAAGAGGGUUGUUUCACAGUGUGGCUGUGGUGACAGUUCUGAAUGUUAGUGCGCCCUUAACUGUUGAUUUCCACAUCUUUUGUGGAGCUGUAGAUUCAGUUUUUGUGGCUGAAAAAAAGAAAAAUUAUAUUGCUCUAAAUGAGACACAAGUAGAAUUAAACGCAUACACUGCUAUUCUAGGGGGGGCACACCUGAACAGCGUCACAUUUGUGGGACUGUUUGAUUCAUAAAUAUGUAUGAAGUAAGGCUGCACGAUAUUGGAAAAAAAUAAUAUUGCGAUUUUUUCAACCCUGCGAUAUAUAUUGCAAUAUUAAAAAUACAGUAUUUUCACCAGAUGACCUGAAUAGCACUUUAUGUUAUGCUGCACUGCUGAAAUCUUGAGGACAGUUAAUCUGCUCUGAUCUUACCUCUUUUUGUGAAUGUUAGAAGAAUGGCUUCUGUCUGUCUCAGAGAUAUUUUUAGCUUUUAUUGUGCUGGGACGUUAUUGUGGCAACAGAUGAACACAGAACACGUGUUUUGGUCGACAUCAUCCUUCUUUUAACCGAAAUAAUUCCAGAUAACUGACUUUCCUUUUCUUUUUGGCAACAAGUCUUUAUCUUCUGUGGUUUUCGCUUGUUCGUUGUUCAUUUUGCGAUCGUUGUUGUUGUCGUUAGCGGUGUUGUGCCGAGAAACGCAUGUCCUCCGAGAAUUGCAUGCACCUCGCAAAACGCGCACCGCUUAUAGUAGAGUGGUCCACGGAAAUGUACAAUCUAAAACCCAUACAGUUCUUAUUUGUUGGGCUUAAUAGUCAUGAGUAAAGUUCCGAAAGUAAUUCUCAGCGGACACACGUCUCCCUCCAUGUGCAGAACAUGUGCAGGGGUGGGUUUUCUCCUCCCUGAUUUUGAUUGACAGCUGGCAGGGUAGUCUGAUUGGCAACUGAGAAGUGAGUCUGAUUGGCAACUGAGUUAAGGACGAAGGCGAUUGGUGGAUCGCUGCACAGCACAUGCAGAGUCACAUGGAGUGUAUCUCAGUCGGUUACCCUUGAAAUUAAAUGAGUUAAUUCACCUCCAAUAUCGCAGGCUCUGCGAUGUGACUAUCGCACACACGUACAUCGCGAUGACGAUAGUCAAACGAUAUAUCGUUCAGGCCUAGUAUGAAGCACAACAUUUUAGCAGUAGAUGACCUCACCUAUUGCCUUUUUGGCUUUUUUGACCUCCUCACUUUCCUACAUGACUUAAAAGAAAUGUUACAGGAUUAGCUGACAAUUGUAUUAUAUGAGUGUAUUUAACAGUAACAACUCAUUUGAAGCUCAACAUUAAGGAAUUGCCUUUCAGUUUUAAUUAUAAAGUGUUAUGUAAUUUGUAUUGCUUAUUCUAAACAUCUGAUAAUUAUGAUGUUUUUUCUUAUUCUUUUGCAGGCAUCUAUUCAGUCGAGCUUGUUAAUGACAGCCUGUAUGAGUGGCACGUUAAACUAAGGACGUAAGUACCCAUGAAAUCUUGUCCACGGCCAUGUUCACACUCUCCUCUGCUUGUGCAUGAAUUUUGACUCACUGCAUAAUUUUACAUCCAACAGGGUGGAUCCAGAUAGUCCCUUACACAGUGAUCUACAAGUGCUAAAGGAAAAGGAAGGAAUGGACUACAUUCUACUAAACUUCUCAUAUAAAGUAAGAGAAAUAGACUUUUCGUUUAAAGGAGUUGAAAAACCUAUUAGUUGUCUGUAGAGUUUGAAAAUUAACUAUUUUUCUGGGUUCCUUCACAGGAUAAUUUCCCCUUUGAUCCCCCAUUUGUCCGGGUGGUUUCACCUGUGCUUUCUGGAGGGUGAGUUAAAUUAACCAGCACACUUUUAAGUUUGUUUUAUCCUCACAGACGCUUUUACAGUUGAAGCAGAAUUAUUCACUAAAAGGUUGAAAUAUUGUCUUUUAAUUUUGGUGGAAGACUGUUGCAAUCUUCUGAUAGCACCUCCACUUUUUGUUUUUUUGUCCUCGCUUUAGGUAUGUUCUUGGAGGAGGUGCCCUGUGCAUGGAACUUCUCACCAAACAGGUAUUUCAUAUGUAUUCAUUAAAUCUGAAAUUUAUGUGAAUUUGCUCUACAUGUGGUAUAACUCUGCAUUGUACUUGAAUCUACAUAACAGUUUUCUUUUAGUGACAUUUACCUUCCUGUUUGCAGGGUUGGAGCAGUGCCUAUUCCAUUGAGUCUGUCAUCAUGCAGAUCAAUGCCACUUUAGUGAAAGGAAAAGCCAGAGUUCAGUUCGGAGCCAAUAAAGUAAGUGAGAAAGCUCAAAAGGUUUCAUUUCAAUUUAGGAAACAUUCUGUUAUAGUUUUGAUCACACAUACUGACUCUUGUGGUCUGGGUUUCUGCGACUCUUAUCAGGGGCUGUGAGAGAAUCUGCUGUUUCAGUGUAGGUUAGCUGUUUCAAUCCAGUUCAAAUAGGGAGAUGCAGUAUGUCACAGCUGGAUUGGGCAAAGUAGGCGCUUAUCUUUUCAAUCUGCCUUUUUCACUUGUCGUCACUUGUGCUUAUGUUGUCCUCUAUGGCAACUUGUCAAACUCCCAGAGAAGCCUGUAGUCUCUAACAAGAUUAGAUUUGUACCAUGGAGACAUAGAUAUUCCUCUCACAAACUGAAUCUCAUAAAUGCAAAUCCCAUUUUGGCUCAUCAUGUUAUUCGAUUCAGGCUGGAAUAAGUUCAUGUUUUUCAUGUUCUUAGUUUUUUUUUUUUUAUGCCUUCAAAUGUCAUCAGCCAUGCCUGAAGUUGUGUUUUGGGGUUGUCUUUCUGUCUCUCGUUUUACCUUUAACACACUGUCUCAGGAACACCAGGGGAUUUCUGCAAACUUGACAUUAACAUCACCUUCGAAUUUAUGAUGAACUGUCAAGAUGGUGGUUGUCAAAGGGAAGGUCACUGUCAGGAAUAUGCUGUCAGUAAUGUCUUAAGAGAAUUUCAUCACGUGUGCUUUACUGUAGCGUUUCAUUGGUCCAAGAGAAUGUUGCUAUUUGUGAUCAACUGGUGGACUUAUUCUCCUCUUGUAUAAGACACGUAGUCUUUCUUCUUAUGAUGCAUCCUGUUUGGUCUUGGAAGCUCCACGAUGCCAGUGUAAUAUGUCCCCUGAGUCAAAGUUCAAAGAAGCUACAAGUACCAGAGCUCAAAAUCCAAGAUUUCUUGUGUCAGGUUGAUUAAAGCUUUGCUGUUAAUAGUAUUUUUAAGAAACUUAGUUUUGCUCCAUGUAAUCAAAUGAGUUGUUCUGUUGCUUUCACCUACAAACAUUUUGCAGCGUGUUGUUAUCACCUGGAGUUGUGCUAACAAAGCUAACAAGGACUGGAGCUAAAGCUAAACAAAUUUCUGAGUUGUUUCAGCUUGUAACAGGAAUGCAGUCAUCCUGCAUCAUUCCCAGCUGCGUCAUUAGACGUCAGAGCUUAAUGGAAGAGACCACUGAUUUUCCUUAAUGUCAGUUAUUUUUUAAUGAAAGACUAUGUGUGUUUCUCAUGCAACAGCAGUCUAAGCAGUUACACCAAGGUUCUGUGUGUCUUAUGGAUGAUAUUAGCUGUAACACGACUGAUUCGUGGAGCAAUACCUUCAUAGACCAGUAAUUCAACAUGGCUUUGGCUUGUGGCGAAGCUUUGAUUAGAUCUCACUGUGUAAUGUCAGCGUUAUGAUGGCUGAGUAUUUGGGUCACUUCCUCAUGGAGGUAUUAUUUGUUUAUUUUUUUGUCAUACAGUGUCAUGAAAUCGGACAAAUAAAAAGAUAGAAGAGGUGAUAAGACCCUUAGGGUUUUAUUUAAAGGGAACAUUGUGCGUUUUUAUUUGCAGAAUAAGGAAACCGUAGUGUGCUGUAAAAGUGAAUGGGUUUACACUUGCUAGAAAAGCUGUUUUUUGAACUGUCACAAUAAGGGUCAAGCAAUGGAGAGUAAUCAAAUGACAGUCUUGGGAAAUUAUUAGUUACAUUUUUUAGUUAGUACUAUCUAGACGUAAACAAUUUACUGUCUGCAUUACUGCUGUAAACACAAGUAGCUACUAUAAAAAGGAGUUACUUAAAAGCAGACCUUGGCUGUUGGACUGAGUGUCUUACUCCUUGAUCUACUGAGCUGACAUGAGCUGCACAUGGCUCCCCAGUGUUUACAGCACCAGACUUACUGGCAGCUAGCUCAGAUGAAGUACUUUAUUUGGUUUAUUUGGUACUUUAAGAUUGGAAUUAGUCAUCAUGGUGGUGGACAAAGUUUACUCAACCACACACAGACUUUAACCCUCCACUGUGGUCUUGUUCUUUACCUCAGGGAAAUAUGAAGAUAUUUGUUGAGUUACAGUACUGUGUUGACUAGGCUGCUCUUUAUUGUUUAGAAAAGGUUGCACAAAAGUUGAUAGUCUUAGUCAUUGUCUACACUACACGCAUUGGACUGGAUGAUGUUAGUUGUUUGUGUCCUCACUGCUCUCAGAGUCCAAAAAACAAUCACUGAAUGCUCUGAUGUAAAUGGGGGAAAAAAACAAUGUGAGGUUGAAGUACAUGCUUUGGUUUUCAGCAUCAUCGCCUGUCGCAUGAGCGAGAAACAAGCCAUUCUGUAGCCUGUAGUAUGGAUUAAAAUAGAAGUGUGUAUUUUUCAGAUGCACUGUCUGAAAAGAAACCACAGCCUCUCAACGUCGCUACAGGGCUGCUCUGUAGACUUUUUUUUUGUGUGUGUUUUGUAGUUUCACUCUCAGCUGACUUUUCCUCUGUGAUAUCCUCUGUGCCCUUGCAAGAGAACUAACUUUUACACUUAAGUCUUCAACAAAGAAAGUAAAGAGCAGUGAUGUGCCUUGAUUUUAACAGAAACAAAAGUCCAAAAUUUACCCUGAAUACAUAACAAGUGAGUUCUCCUUUACAUAGUCAAGGACGUCAUAGCUAUGAGUCAUUUCAAUGUCUAUCUGAAGUCUGAAAUUUUGGCUUCAUUGAACCCACAGUUUCCAUUCUGGGUAACUGGCAGUUCACUCUUGACAAAUCACGUAGACCUACUUGAAGUCUCAGUUUGGUGGGUUCGUGGAACGACAGGUGUAAAGGCAGAUCUAAUGUGAAUGACGAAGACCAGGUGUGUCUGGAAAAACUGAAUUGUCAUCAUCCUGCUGCGCCCACUACGUUUUGUUUUUGAAAUCGGAGAUGGUGAGAUAAGCUCUUUUGGCUCGUAGAAAAGAGCAGUCAUUGCUGUUUUGUGUUCUGUGCUGUCAUCAUAUUUCCAAUGUACACUCUCUCAAGUUGAUUUCCUAUUUCAUCUGCAGAACCAGUACAAUCUCGCCAGAGCACAGCAGUCCUACAAAUCCCUGGUUCAGAUCCAUGAAAAGAACGGUGAGUGUUUUUUGUCUCCAGUUUCAAACAGAGUGCAUCACUGACCUCGUUUACUGAAACCGAAUCCCUCCCAUGCAUCAAAGCUGAAAUUAGUGCUUGUACUGUGUGUAUGGUCCAAACGGGGACAACAUUUACAUCCAUUUAGUACGCAUCAUUACUCUUAGCUGGUACCACUGAUGACUUUAAGGAUUCAAGGAAGUCAGAUAGAGACACAGUAAUGCACAUGCAAACUGUUGGUACAUCAUUAUCAUCAUCAUUAAAUGUCACAUUUCCAUUCUAGAGAUAUUACGUUGGUGAAUUAGUCACUUUGGCUGUCAACAAGACUAUUGGGGAUUUUUCAGCUUUCACCUUAAAAAUUAACCAACACACCUGAUUACUAGAUAUUAAAAGCAGCUCAGUAGGCAACAGUUUCUUCUAGGGAUAUUUGAGAUGCUCCUACACACAUAAAUGCAAGCCCUUUUGUCGUUUAGUCAAUCCAGUCAAGGGAGACUUUACUAAAAGGUCUUAUUGUCAGGUGCUAAAAGGAAAUUACAUUUUGAUAGUUGGAGGUUUGAUUAGCACAGGACUGGAUUUAAACACCGGUGUUAGUAAAAGGAUGUAAGACAUAAUGAGCUUAAUGAGAGGGGUUGAUGUUCUCAAAUAUGGACCGUUUUAAGUUUUUGUGUUGUGUUGUGCAAGUUCACACUGAAAACAAGCUAGCUCAAAGUUCAGUUCUCACAAGUUAAAAUCUUUUGAGUUCUUGAUUCUAGAUCUUAAACUAAGGUCACAGUACACAAAAUGAAUUAGUUCACAAUCAAUUUAUUUUUCUUCACAAAGAUUCUUUUAUUUUUUUUUUGGCUAGUCUUUUAUGCUUGAAUCUCAAAACCUAAACCAUUGACAUUUCCCAAACAGAAUAACUCUCUAUGCUAACCACCACUGAAUAAAAGGACUGAGGGUGAAUGAAGAACAGAAAAAAACAACAGAAAAUUCUCUGUUUUCCUAAAGCGACGUGUCUGUCAUACACUCGUCUAGUAUGUGUCCAGUUCAAGUUAUUUUUCCUCUUGGGGCCUGACCUGAUUUUAUCAUAACCUUCAAAUAUUCACAAGUGCUGGCUCCAGUAGUGCCACUAGCUGCAUUAUCUGAAUUGAGAACUGCAUAAGCCAUGCCAAGUGCACUCUGGUGCCAUAAAAUCAACUUGGGCUGAAGUAAAACACAGUGCCUGAUAACUCUCGGUACCUCUGCGGAACUCCAGGACUGUAAGCUCAGUUCAUUUCCAGUGGUUCUGAUCAUUAUUUGCACAUUGAUAAGCACAUUUCACGGCCCCUCAAAAUAUAGUUGUUAAAGGGAUAUUCCGGCGUAAAAUCAAUUUAGGGUCAAUGUUGACAACAGCUUGAUUCUCUAGUUAUACCAACUUUAGUUACGACCGCAGGAUAGCAAUACACAGCGGUCUCAGGAGCCAUAAACAAACCUCAACCAAAAAGCCACUCUUUAACCACAAAUAAUGUUCAGAACAGCACCUAACUUCAUCAACAGUACAUAUAGGGUCCCAGCCAUAGUACUAGCCACCAAACAUCUUUUUAGCUUUGCCUGAUUUCUUUAGUGAAGAGACGAAACACAACUCACCUACUCUCUUCCAGCAGCCGCUUGUUUGUAGCAAGACCCCGGGCCAGUCCAUUACGGCCUGCUGCGGGGUGACGCAGCUCAAGGAAGAACAUUUAUGAUCAUUUCUUCAUGGAAAUGCAAUCAGAGCGGUACAUUAAGGCAGAAGAACUACCGUGUCUGCGGUGCAAAAUGAUCAAUAUGGUGAUUAUUACUUAAAGGAAAUGAUAAAGAAAUGAUCAUAAAUGUUCUUCCUUGAGCUGCGUCACCCCACAGCAGUCUGUAAUGGACUCGCCUGAGGUCUUGCUACACACAAGCGGCUGCUGGAAGAGAGUGGGUGAGUUGUGUUUAGUCUCUUUGCUAAACAAACUAGGCAAAGCUAAAAAGAUGUUUGGUGGCUACUUCUGUGGCUGGGACCCUAUAUGUACUGUUGAUGAAGUUACGUGCUGUUCUGAGCAUUAUUUGUGGCUAUAGCGUGGCGUUUUGGUUGAGGUUUGUUUAUGGCUCCUCAGACCACUUUGUAUUGCUAUCCUGCGGUCGAUACUAAAGUUGGUAUAACUAGAUGUGCAAGCGAUGGGCAAAAUUCAUCUCUCUCGAGGGGUUAUCUAACUCAGUGUUACGGUGUGUUUGACCCUAAAUUAAUUUUAUGCUGGAAUAUCCCUUAAAGGAGAAAAUAUGUAAAUAAGUUUAACUCAUCCAGUGUACAUUGAGGUAUAUUUAGAUGAAGUAGACUUUAAAUAAGGAUCUCUGAAAGCAUUGCUGAACCUUUUUGAGAAUUCUGAACCAUAUGUGCCCCUCGGUGUUGUGGUUUCUGCAUUAAAAUAUGGCUGCCAUUAGUUGGAAAUGUUGAUGUAAGCCACUGAGGCAGAAAACAGUGAGUUUGCAGAAAUAACAUAAAUCAUGACAGUAGUGGUGUUUAGUGAAAGUGGGUAGCUAUAUUAAUGUCUGUUUGUAAUUGUUACUCACUGUUGUGUGUCUUUUUUGUCUUACCCCUAGGCUGGUACACACCCCCAAAGGAGGACGGCUAAACAGACUGUUGUUUUCCUGCGCUGGGACCACAUGUCUUUGAUUAUUUUUUUUUCCUCAAGACCAAUAUAUUUUUUUUCAAAUCCUGCAAACCAUUUUGUUCUCUUCAUGAGAGUUUGAACUCCAAAGCAAGUUUGUCUUUCAGUGACCACCCAGAACCAAGCUCAUCAACACACUCACCUGACAUUUUCAUCAGCUACUCGCAAGGGUGUCGUCUCUUCAGAUAUUUAUCUCUUUACACAUCUUUUGUCUUCUACCAUCUAAGUUUUCAUCGCAAAAUUCAUCCUAUUCCAGGACACAGGUGGACUACAUGAUGCAUAGAGUCACCCUUUUGGUUUUGGCGUUGAGCAUGCCGAGGUUCCUGCUUUCUGUGAGUUGAAAGGUGCGGCAUGGCUUUACCCAGCAGUGUGUUGCUCCAGUCGCUGGACUCUGCCUCCCUGGCCAAAAAAACUGGAUCUAAGAAUGGCAUGUGACAUUCCCUGAUAUGAUGCAGUGGUGGCUGGGAAGACAUUUAAAUGUGAGCAGUGGGCAAAACCACUGCUUGUUUUUUUUUCCACGGACAGCCUCUGUAAUAUUGUGCUCAUGUAUUAUCUUUCAAAAUGCCAAGAUCCCUCCUCUGGAAUAACGUACUUCUGAGGCUUGCUUGCUUCCAAACCCGUUAUUCUCUUACAGCUUGUUGAAGCCCUGAGGUCGGAGUAGGGGGACGAGGAGAACUUUUCCAGCCUGGGUUGGACAGCCCUAGUGAAGAAAACAUCCUGCUGUCAUCACAACCAGCACCUGGACAUCUUGCAGGAUGGGUACGGUGGGCGGCUAGAAACAUGAGCUUGCAAAGCAGGGGUGUGUUUGGAUAUGAUCACACUGUAAUGUAGUUGAUUUUAACUCCACGUGUAAACAUGUAAAUUUGUAUUUCUGCAAAAGGAUUUAAUUGUUUAUUAUGUAACCUUGUCUGGGUCUUUGGCUUGGCAGAGACUGUAUUACUAUAUACCCUUGACUAUUAUAAGCAGGGGAACUGCAACUUCUGAAGACCCAUUUAGAAUAAGAAAAAGUUGCUUCAUGGAUACUCUUGCAGAAGGAAACAAAAGUACGCCAUGUUCCUAUGUAAGCUUAAUGACUACUGCGGUUUUUGUUUUGUUCUUUUUUGUUUAUUUUUUUUUUUAUAUUGAUUUAUAAUCAUCACGCUAUUGGCAACAUUGACAGAAUCAUUCCCCUCAUUUUAAUGGCACCUCUCAAUACAAAGGCCGUAACAAUAAUGGCACAGACACAGGUGUUUUCUGGCAUUCCAGAUGUUUGGCUUUUCAUAUCGAAUCACUCGAACCAGAUGAACCUCAGUAAGGCUAUGCAGUGAAGACAGUCUUGUGGAGUUUCAUUGUACUGAAGAAAAUAAGUCUUAACAGCGUAGUCACCUGCUUAGUUCUUGUAGCUGGUUCACACCCUGAGCACUUUGCCAAUCCUGCAGUCAAAACAGACAGGCUUGGAGGGAGAGAGAAAAAAAAAAAAGUGACCUUUGCCUUCUGACUUUUCUUUGACCUCACGGCUGGUUUUUAAAAUGCAGCCAGAGUUUCAAAUUCACAGCAAUAGUCUCGACCGAAUACCUUCUGGCUUCACACUUGGGUAGAUCAACUGGAGUCCGUUCCGUUUCCAGAAUAUUUCUGUCGGUUUGAUAAAUAUUUGUUCAGAUUUGCCACAGGAAAGGACCCAGCUCUUCCCAUGAUCACCUCUCUGGUUACUAUUCAUAACCACUCUCAGCACUGCUGCCCCUCUUCUCAGCGUGCUGGGUCUUUGAUGUAAUGUGAAUAAUAUGCAGAAAACUGUGUGGAUCAUUCCAAUUAAUGCAGUUACACGUUUGUUGUGGGUGUUCUAUUGUGUGGUUACUUGCAUUGUUUUAAGUAUAUUGUCCUGAAAAACCAGCAUAGAAAGCUUAGUUACGCUAAUUCAUACAGGCAUUCCUCAAUUUUGCGUUGAUUUUGAUUUUAUAUAUUUUCAGUGAUACUAACCUCAGUCACCAAUAUCUUCAAAACAGGUAGAGAUGGGGUAUAAAAACAGACAGCUUUCUCUCAUUUAUUUGGACUUGCUGGAUGUGUAUAAACAAGUUUCACUCUGCUGUCGUGUUUCACCACAAGCUGAUCCCAACAUGACUUUGGGUCUCUGGCAUGGUUGUUAGCUGUUGUGAUGCCAUCAGUAAUGUUCUACUCACUUCAUUCUGGUCACAUUGUUGAGCUCACCCCCACAUCCUCUGGAGAAGCAAACUCAGGAAUUCAUACUGCACACUUUGAAAAAGAUUGCUUCAGAAUAUUCUCAUCAAGUGCAAGAUUGGGCGUAUCAAUCUUUUUUUGCCUCUGUUUUUUGUUUUUUUUAAAGGGGGGGUGGGAUGGGGGGGCAAUGUAGUGUGGUUAGCUGUCAGAUUGAGGUUUUUUUUUUUUUUUUUUUGAGGUUGACCAAUAAUUACCAAGAAAGUUCCUGGAAUAAUAAGAUGGUAAUGACUAUCCUGCGCUUUAUAAGGGGUCCAGGCCGCCGUCUACCCUGUUUCUUUGAUAGUGCUGUAUUUUGCAUGUCAAUAUAUCGAUGGGUGUUUUCCUCCAAGCUACUGAAGGUUAAGAGUGGUGGGAUUGGGUGGUUAAAAAAGACUAGAUCUGUCAACUUUCAUGAUCUGCUUACUAAAUAUCUUACAUCAGUGCACAGGAUUACUUUCUACUUAUCGAUCCAGGUCAUGUAUUUUAUUAUUCAGACAUCCUACCUGCUUGGAGUUUCUUCUUCUAAAGAUGCCAGGAUUCCUACCAAAAGUAGCAGUACAGAUUUGUGUGCCAUUAGACCAAUUCCAAGCCCACAUUCAUAACCUGACCUUGGGAAUGACGGUGUGUCCAAGUCUGUUGUGCACUGGAUAACAGCUUAUUUUACACCAUCUCAUGUCAUCUGACUAACUUCUCUGCUGUGGUGAGCCACACAUGGGUCUGAGGUCUGAGUUAGCCUGAUUCUGGGUCUUUACCGUGCUUCAUUAACUGCAGUGGCCGGGUUAUAAAGUUAUGCACUGUUAGCAUGCUUUGGUUUGGUUUCAUUUUUUCCAUUGCAAGGGUGAUUUUGAACAUGUAAAGUAAUUUGUAAACUUGCAUCAAGUUUAUGAAUAAAGAAUUUUAUGAAAUAUC